AUGGCGGAGGAGGAAGCGGCGGCGGCGGCGGUGGCUCAGGCCCGGCCGGGCUCGGCGGAGCCGGCUCCGCUGGAGCGGCAGAACCUGCUGGCCGGGAGCCCCGGAGCGGGGGGCGCGGUGCGAACCGGGCCCCGCUCCGCUCCGGGCCGGGUCCCGCUCCACAGGCUCCUGGUGCUGGCCCGCAUGGGCCAGGGGGCGGCGGCGCCGGCGGUCGAAGGUUAUCACAGAGAACUGCUUGAAAACGUGUUAGAGGACCACGGAGGAGAACCAGUCUCAGGUCUGCUGCUUCUCUACCCCAGCCGCGUGUUCCAUGUAGUGGAGGGUUGCAGCAGCACAAUCCAUCUCCUCAUCCGAGAGUUAGCAUCCCUCCAAAGUCAAGGUCCGAGUGCUUUGCUCCAGGAUAUUAAAGUUUUAGUGGUGGCACAUGCCAUCCCCACCAGACUGUUCCCAGAAUGGGUAGUGGCAGUAGCGACAACUCCCGUGACAUGGCCAUCAAGGACCAUCCAGCCACAUUCGACAGCAGAGGUGGUUGCAGGGUGCCUGACCCUGGGGCUCAAGCUGGCAGCCUCCAUCCAGAGCUCUGAGGAUGACAGCGAGGAUGCGACUGAGAGCAUACCCACUGUUGAACAGGAGCUGCUGAUCCCAGCAGAGACAAUUAACUACUUAUAUAAAGCUGAGGAGUGUACCUGUCCUGAAGAGUUUCUGAGAACUUACUUAGGUCCUUCACAACCCACCCUGGACUCAGAAACAGUGUGGCCUGUUCCAUCUUAUCUCUCCACAUGAUACAGGCUGUACCCAGUGUUCCCCUCUGCAGCUGGACUCACUGUUGUUUAACAUGAAUCUACACGUUAAAGAAUACAUGCAUAUUCAUUCCCAGUUCCCAGUAUGCUUCCAUGCCCGUCCUCAGAAGAACAAGACCUGGUGAGCUGCAAAGCCCAGGGCGUGACUGUGUCACCUUCCGCACCCAUUGGAAGUG